AUGCUCGCACCCCUCUUCUCCCGAAACCCCAGCCUCCUCUUCCUCCCCGCAGUCGUCCGCAUCGCCCGCGGAGCAAUGUCGGCCUCGCCGGCCGCCAAGGCGACCGUCUCCAUCGAGUACGCCAAGUCCGGCCGCUCCUCCUGCAAGGGCUGCAGCGCCACCAUCGCCAAGGGCGCGCUCCGCCUCGGCGCCUCCGCGCGCGACCCUCGGGGCUACGACAGCACCAAGUGGUACCACGUCGCCUGCUUCCCCGUCUCCUCGCACCCGCUUGGCCCCGUCGAGGAGGUCGAGGGGUUCGACUCCAUUAAGGAUGACGAUCGCGAGGAGCUGCGAGAGAUUGAGAAGAAUAAUAAGAGCGACCAGACUGCUGUCAGUCCAUUGGAAGUACCAAGUCCGAAGAAAGCAAAGGUUUCGCCUAAAGCAGAGGUGGCAGAAAAAGGAAGUGUGUCUGUUGAAUACGCCAAGUCCGCCCGUUCCACCUGCAAGGCCUGCAAUGCAAGCAUCGCCAAGGGCGCUCUUCGCAUUGGCGUCUCAGCCCAUGACCCCCGUGGCUUUGACAGCACCAAGUGGUACCAUGUCGCCUGCUUCCCCGCCUCCUCGCACCUGCUUGGCCCCGUCGAGGAGGUCCAGGGGUUCGACUCCAUUAAGGAUGACGAUCGCGAGGAGCUGCGAGAGCUCGAGAAGAAUAAUAAGAGAGACCAGACUGCAGUCAGUCCAUUGGAAGUACCAAGUCCGAAGAAAGCAAAGGUUUUGCCUAAAGCAGAGGUGGCAGAAAAAGGAAGUGUCUCUGUUGAAUACGCCAAGUCCGCCCGUUCCACGUGCAAGACCUGCAAUGCAAGCAUCACCAAGGGCGCUCUUCGCAUUGGCGUCUCAGCCCAUGACCCCCGUGGCUUCGACAGCACCAAGUGGUACCAUGUCGCCUGCUUUCCCACCUCGUCGCAUCCGCUAGGCCCUGUUGAGAAGCUCAAGGGGUUCGAAUCCAUUAAGGAUGACGAUCGUGAGGAGUUACGGGAGCUAGAGAAGAAUAAAAAGGGAGACCAGGCUGCAGUCGGUCCAGUGGAACUAUCAAGUCCGAACAAAGGAAAUUCCCAUAUAUCUUUACCUGAAGUGGAGAUGGCUGAAAAGUCGUCUCCAGGGAACAAAACAGUUGGUACAGCGAUACCCUUUUCGCCUUCUGAUAUCAAGAAAACAUACAAGGAUGCUACCCUUCCCACUCAUUGGAAGGCUUUUGAUACCGUUAUUUUCCGUGAGCAGGAUGAUGGCCUUCAUGCUUCAGCUAAGAUUGCUGCGUUUGAUUUCGACGGGUGCCUCGCCAAAACCUCAGUGAAGAUCAUUGGUGCAGACAAGUGGUCUUUACAGCAUAAAUCAAUUCCUGACAAGCUGCAAAGCCUGUACAAUGAUGGCUACAAGUUGGUCAUAUUCACCAAUGAGUCAAACAUUGAGCGCUGGAAGAAUAAGCGGCAGCAAGCUGUUGACUCAAAAGUUGGACGCCUUGACAACUUUAUUGAGUGUGUUAAAGUCCCUAUUCAGGUUUUCAUUGCGUGUGGUACUGGGAAAGGAAAAGGCACACCGGAUGAUCUGUUUCGCAAACCAAAUUCAGGAAUGUGGUGGUUGAUGGCAGAGCAUUUCAAUUCUGGAAUUGCCAUCGACAUGGACCAAUCUUUCUAUGUUGGUGAUGCUGCUGGGAGAGAGAAUGAUCAUAGUGACGCAGAUAUAGAAUUCGCUAAGGCCAUCGGUCUGAAGUUUCACGUUCCUGAAGAAUUCUUCGGUCCCUAG